UACAGCCCUCCUAUAACAACAAACUUUUACCACCACCAUGUCCACCUCCGUCUCCGCCGCCGCCGCUGCCGCUCUCCUCCCAACACUCACCGGCCGCCGCUCGCCCCCUGCAUCUCGCGUCCCGGCAAUCUUCUGCAGAAGAAUCGGUCCCAGGCCCCGUCUCUUCUCCUCUUGCUCUCUUCCCUUUCCCAUUCGCCCCGCCGCGGCCAUGGCCACCGACGGCGCCGCCCCCGCCAAGCAGAAGCUGCUCAUCUUCGAUACCAAGGAAGACCUCGCAGUGUCUCUGGCGAAGUACACGGCGGAUCUGUCGAAGAAGUUCGCCGCCGAGAGGGGUGCCUUCACUGUGGUGCUCUCCGGCGGAUCCCUCAUCGACGCGCUCAGCAAGCUGACGGAGCCGCCGUACCUAGAAUCGGUGGACUGGAGCAAGUGGCACGUCUUCUGGGUGGAUGAGAGAGUCGUGCCCAAGGACCAUGAGGAUAGCAACUACAAGCUCGCCUUCGAUGGGUUUCUCUCUAAGGUGCCGAUUCCUCCUGGGCAAGUUUAUGCUAUAAAUGAUGCCUUGUCAGCUGAGGGAGCAGCGGACGACUACGAAGCUUGCUUGAAGCAGCUUGUUAAGAACGGUGUAAUUGCCAUGUCAGCAGCAACUGGGUUUCCCAGGUUCGAUCUCCAGCUUCUUGGAAUGGGACCUGAUGGCCACAUUGCCUCUCUCUUCCCUGGUCACCCUCUUGUUAACGAGAAAGAGAGGUGGGUCACCUACAUCAAGGACUCUCCAAAGCCACCACCGGAAAGGAUCACAUUUACAUUUCCUGUGAUCAACUCGUCUGCAUAUAUUGCAAUGGUGGUCACUGGAGCUGGGAAGGCUGGCCCAGUACAGAAAGCACUUUCAGACAAGCAAACUUCAUCCGACCUGCUGCCUGUUGAGAUGGCUGUGCUUCAAGACGGAGAAUUCACUUGGUUCACUGACAAGCCAGCAGUGUCCAUGUUGCAGAACAAGUGAAGCCCUUUAUCUUAGCUCAAAGCCUUUCAUCUUAAAUAAAAGAUCCUGAGGCCUGCAUAGUGCAUAGUUGCAUUCGCCCUCCAUGGAUUUCAUGUAAGGGAGACUUGAGCCCUGUAUGUAGUAUAUUGUUCUGAGUAAUGUGUUUCAGAUCGGAUGAAGUUUCAUGUGUUGGUUCUAGCUUAGUAAAUAACAGUUUUGAAACAUUGCUCAGCAAGUGUUGGUUUAGUACCUGUAACCAUGUUCAAGUUUAUCGGUUGAUGACUAUUCUUCCAGGCUUAUGCCGUUAUCGGCAUGUCCCA